CUCUCCUCCCUGCCUCGCUAGCUGCCAGCCUCCUCCUCCUCCCUCCUUGGCACAUACAACCAUAUCUUCAGCUAGCUUCUCUCCGCCUCGCCGCCACCAUCCCUCUCUCGAGGAAGAAAUUAUAUACCGCGAAGCUUCUUGUCACCUCGGAGGCCAUGGAUUCCAUGGCCUAUAUAGCGCUCUGCGCCGCGGCAUUGGCGAUCCUCGCCGCCCUCCUCGUCUGGGCGUACCGGUGGAGCCACCCCAAGUCCAAGGGCAGGCUCCCGCCGGGCUCCAUGGGCAUCCCACUCCUCGGCGAGACGGUGCAGUUCUUCGCGCCUAACCCGACCUGCGACGUCUCCCCCUUCGUCAAGGAGAGGGUGAGGCGGUACGGGAGCAUCUUCAAGACCAGCAUCGUGGGGCGGCAGGUGGUGGUGUCGGCGGACCCGGACAUGAACUACUUCGUGUUCCAGCAGGAGGGGAAGCUGUUCGAGAGCUGGUACCCGGACACCUUCACCGAGAUCUUCGGCCGCGACAACGUCGGCUCCCUGCACGGCUUCAUGUACAAGUACCUCAAGACCCUCGUGCUCCGCCUCUACGGCCAGGAGAACCUCAAGGCGGUGCUCGUCGCCGAGACGGACGCCGCCUGCCGCGGCAGCCUCGCCGCCUGGGCGGCGCAGCCAAGCGUCGAGCUCAAAGAGGGCCUCUCCACGAUGAUAUUUGAUCUUACCGCCAAGAAGCUGAUCGGCUACGACCCGGCCAAGUCGUCGGAUAGCCUGAGGAAGAACUUCGUGGCCUUCAUUCGCGGGCUGAUUUCUUUCCCUGUCAACAUCCCGGGCACGGCCUACCAUGAAUGCAUGGAGGGGCGGAAGAACGCGAUGAAGGUGCUCAAGAGCAUGAUGAAGGAGCGGAUGGCGGAUCCGGAGCGGCGGUGCGAGGACUUCUUCGACCACGUGAUCCAGGAACUCCGGAGGGAGAAGCCGCUCCUGACGGAGACCAUCGCGCUGGACCUCAUGUUCGUGCUCCUCUUCGCCAGCUUCGAGACCACGGCGCUGGCGCUCACCCUCGGCGUCAGGCUCCUCACCGAGAACCCCAAGGUCGUCGACGCGUUGAGGGAGGAGCACGACGCGAUCGCCAGGAACAGGAAGGACCCGGACGCCCCGGUCACGUGGGCCGAGUACAGAUCGAUGACCUUCACGAACCAGGUCAUCAUGGAGAUGGUGAGGCUCGCAAACAUCGUGCCGGGGAUUUUCCGGAAGGCCCUGCAAGACGUUGAGAUCAAAGGCUAUACGAUUCCGGCGGGAUGGGGAAUCAUGGUGUGCCCACCGGCUGUGCACUUGAACCCUGACAUAUACGAAGACCCGUUGGCGUUCAACCCAUGGAGGUGGCAGAACAAGCCUGAAAUCACUGGCGGAACGAAGCAUUUCAUGGCAUUCGGAGGUGGCCUUCGGUUCUGCGUUGGGACCGAUUUCAGCAGGGUCCUGAUGGCGACAUUCAUCCACAGUUUGGUUACAAAAUACAGUUGGAGAACGGUAAAAGGCGGGAACAUAGUCCGGACCCCUGGCCUCGGCUUCCCAGAUGGAUUUCACAUCCAGCUUCUCCCUAGGAAUUGACCCCAUUUUUUUUAUCUCUGGCAUGUUUGGUUCAUCGAACUGAAAGCAAGAUUGCCUGUGUAAAGAUAUCGACUGUUAGGUCUCUUAGGGACAACAGCAAAAGAUGGAGAAUCGUAUACAUAGUCUAGUGUUAGGAUACACAACCCUAGUUAGAAGUGAAAUCGUACUGCCAAGUCCUGCCUCUGUUGCAAAGGGGUUUUUGUACUUUGGUUGUCUGUUUUCCAUGUGGUUAGUGAUCUACCCAUGUGUUGUAUAUGUAUAUCUAAUCAUACACGUCUAAUGAAACAUAUAGUACUG